UUAGUUGCAAAGCGGCUUUCUUGCGGGGAACAUCGAGCGAUUCGAGGGACGGAAAACCGAAACGAACCGGAGAAGAUUGCCACGCUAAAAGAAAAAUUGGUGCUAAGACCCCGCUAAAAAAAAAUACAAACAGCGCCAUCGAAACAGCAAGCAAGAAAAGUGCACAAAACACAACGCAUAAAAAGAUACAAAGUUUAGUUCAGGCCCCGUCAUUUGCUAAUCGAAACUCGUCUGGCGAAAACAGCUCUAUAAAAUAAGACCCGAAACAGCACGCAAAUUCAGCUUGGAAUUCGUCCAUGAGCAGAUACGAAUAUAUUUACGGAUACGGAUUAAAUGGUUCCUAUUUAAGUGCCGGCCACUUAUCACCGUCGAAUUAAAUCGAGUCAAAUCAGGCGGAUCCAAGAUGCUCACCAGACAGCCCGACUACACCAUCUCCGAGCUGGGCCAUCCCAUCCACCAGUGGUCGGAUUCGACCACGUGCGAGUCCCUCAAGAAGCUGGACUACAGAAAGAUGCCCAGUUCCCCGCCAUCACCACAUCGCCUGCUGCCACUGAGGGAAACGCUGGACGAUUGUUUCAAGGGCUUGACGAUGAGAAGCAGAGAAGAUUUCGAAGAGGAUCCCGUUUACCAGCAGAAAUUGAGGAAGAAUCAGUGCAAUGAACAGCAGCGAAGGCGCAGCAAUCAAAAAUGUCGAGAUAAAGCCCAGUCCGGAGCAACAACGACGACGACAACGAUAGCGGCGAGCUGCGAUUUUAACAAUUUCUGAGAUUAGAAGAAGGAGGAAGAAUACCUAUGGGGGAAGCAACCUAAGCGGACUGACUAAAAGUGCUAAAAUAAAACACCUUUUGCCUAGUUCAUUAAGUACAUUAAAUGUUAAGUAAAGAAAAAGCUAUAACACUUAA